AUGGGUACACCAGUUUACAUUUUCUGCUCCCUCAAUGUCCAACUUGAAAGGAAGUUCCUAAUCUGGGAUCAAAUGAAGCAAAGGCAGACCCAGAAGGAUCAGCCUCCAGCAGCAUCAGCCCCUGAAAAUUCCCUGUACGCCCAAGCUCAACGACAGCACCAUAGGAGGCACAUUCGUCUCGCUGGGAGGAGAACGCCAUACCCAGUCCUGGAUGAGGUGCAGAGGCAGAGCACCUGUGAGCUGGAGGUUGAUGCCGUUGCUGUGGAUGUUCUCAACCGCCUCGAAAUCGAAAAUCAAAUUGGCAGGAACCCUGGCCUGCAGGCCAUCUGGGAGGAUGAGAAGCAGAGGAGGAGAGAGAAGAACCAGCCCUCUCAGAUUGAAACCCCCGAGUCGCAAGAUCGUGGUUUUGUCACCUCAUCAGAGAGUGAGAAAAUCUUCAUGAAGAGAGUCGAGGAGAUCCUCAAGGAGAACGAGUUUGAUGUGACACAAGAUCUGUCUGCUGGUGAUGGGGAGAACCAAGAAGAUUUCCCUGGUGAACUAACACUUCAUUUUGACCCCUGACCCCAGACGGGCUGCCAUGUACCCCUGCUAACGCUGUGGAGGUUCACAGGGGUCGACAUCCAGACUCUGUGAGGAGCAGUGGGAAAGUUCCAGAGGAGGCUGUCGUUGAUGAGGAGGCCAUCCUGACUCUCCUGGAGAACAGUCAGUCUUUCCUCCCACUCUCCCAGACAUCCAACCACUCGCCUCUCUUAGACAGCAGCCGGGACCAAGCCAUCAUUGACUUGCUGGCAGGCCUGGAGGACGAUGGUUUCUGCAGGACACCCGCUAGGCAGAAUUCCCAGUCCCGCUCACUCCCUGGUGUCACAAACUACAACUGCAACAGUGAUGAAGAGGAAGCAGGCCCAGAACUGGACAAGGAAGAGGCAGAACUCAGUGUUAUAAUGUCAC